UUGUGUGUUGGUGCAGGUCAAACAGCAAUCACAAAAAAUCGCUGAUCGCUCACGAUUUGGAGGGGUGAACGCUAGGCGAAAAACCAUUUAGCACGACUCGCUUUGGCUGCAUUCUGCUCGAUACCUUCAGACGCAACGGAUUGGGGCUGCAUCCGGUCAGAACUUACGUCCAGGGUUUUGUUUUUUUGCUAUUAACAGUGAUCUUAUUUCCCCAACAUCUGCGACCAUGAAGCAAUCUCUGGCAGUGUUCUUAAUCCUGGCGGCAUUCGCUGCGAACGUACAGGCGGUUACGGUGGAUAUCUACUAUGCCCAUCUUUGCCCGGACAGUGUACGCUUUGUGCAGGAUCAGCUGCUGACAUUGAAUCCGACUCUUCUCAACGCCAUCACCCUUGACUUCAUUCCAUUCGGCAAGGCAGAGAGUGUCAACAAUGGUCAAAGCUUCAUUUGCCAGCACGGUCCAGCAGAGUGCGAAGGAAAUCGGAUUCAAUCGUGCAUUCUCAGUAUGCUGCCAAACCAACAAGCUAAGGUGAACUACGUCGGAUGCCAGAUGAGCUUCACUGCUGAUCCACGUGGAUGGGAGUGUGCAUUCCGUUCGGGAGUUAAUCUAAACGCAGCCGAAACGUGUGUAGAAGGUACACAGGGAACGACCCUUCAGCUGGAAGCCGAACGUCGUACGCAGCUGAUCGCUCCGGCAUUUAUUCCUACCAUCGUUUUCAACGGACAAUUCGACCAGGGUCUUCAGGAUCGCUCUCUGACUGACUUUGCAGGCAUCAUUUGCGAACUGGCGGGACUCACCGGUGUAGGUUGUUAAGCCUGUUUAAUGCAAUAUAAUUGACGAUUUUGUGAUUAACUAUAAGAAAGUCCAUGUCUGACUGAACCAACACGCGACAAAUUGGUA